AUGGCGAUACCUAGACGGAAUCGACGCCGCUCAGCAGGCGCUGCGGGCCAGGGUCAUGGCGAGCGAUCGUUUCAAAUCAGCCACGUGGCACGGAGCAAGCGAUUUUGGCUGAUCUGCAUCUCGCUAGUGGCGGGAUAUAACCUGCUCGUCAUGAACCUCGCAGGUCGGGAGGUGGACAGCCCCCCUCUCCGCGUGUGGUCCUUCCUACUGGGAGGCAGUGACGUGGAGCGCGUACCUGGCGACCCCGCAUUGGCUGACGAGCCCACCGCUGACGUCACCACCAAAGCUCUGUACGACGAGAUCGCGUUCGAAGAUCUUCCAGGAGGCGUGUGGACGCAGGGUUUCCCUCUUGAGUAUACGGGGCACGAGUGGGACGAGGAGCCGUUGCGAGUGCUGGUGGUGCCACACUCCCACAACGACCCUGGCUGGCUGGAGACGGUGGAGGAGUAUUACAGGUCGAGCACACGUGGCAUCAUUGACACCAUCGUCAAUGUGCUCUCCGAGAAACCGACUCGCAAGUUCAUAUGGGAGGAGAUGUCGUACCUGUCGCGGUGGUGGAUGGAUGCGAGUGAGGAGAUGAAGGGCAAGCUCAAGGCGCUGCUGCAGAACGGACAGCUCGAGAUUGUGGGCGGCGGAUGGGUCAUGAACGAUGAGGCAAACUCUCACUACUUUGCCAUCCUCGAGCAGAUAACGGAGGGCAACACGUGGCUGCACGAUGCAGUGGGGGUGGUACCCACCAAUUCAUGGUCCAUCGACCCAUUCGGCUACAGCGCCACCAUGCCCUACCUGCUGCACCAAUCCGGCUUCCACAACAUGCUCAUUCAGCGCGUGCACUACGAGGUCAAGAAGGUCUUAGCUAAGCGCCGGCACUUAGAGUUCUACUGGCGCCAGGCGUGGGAUAAGAGCGGCGGGAAGGCGCCACUGGGGGCGGGAGCGGGGGCAGGGAGGGAACAGGGGAGUGGGGAAGCAGGGGUGGGUGAUCAGUCAGGAGAAGCAGCAGCAGCAGCAGCAGCAGCAGCAGCAGCAGCAGCAGCAGCAGCAGCAGCAGCAGAGGGUGCAGCAGAAGCAGGAGCAGGAGCAGCGGGGAAGACAGACAUUUUGUGUCACAUGAUGCCAUUCUACUCGUACGACAUCCCACACACUUGUGGGCCCGACCCCUCUGUGUGCUGCCAGUUUGACUUUGCACGCACGGCUACCGGCGAGCACUCCUGCCCCUGGGGCAUGCCUGCUGUGGACAUCACACCUCAGAACGUGGCAGAGAGGGCAGCGACCAUCCUGGACCAGUGGCGCAAGAAGUCUCUCCUCUAUCGCUCCAAAGUGGUGCUGGUACCGCUGGGCGACGACUUCCGGUACCCCACGAUGAGGGAGGCGCACGCCCAGUUCACCAACUACGAGCGCCUCUUUGACCACCUCAACAGCCAACCACACCUCCGAGUAAACGCCAGCUUCGGCACCCUCGGGGAUUACUUCAAUGCUGUCCGAGAGGCCGCAGUUAAAGACGCUACUCUUCAUAGCAAGGGCGCUGGUAACCAGGCUAGUGCUGUUAACGAGGGUACUGCUGUUAACGAGGCGGCUCUUAAUGGAGCCCAGCAGGACCUGCCAUCCGAGCACCCGGUGUUCACCUCUCACGAACUCCCCUCCGAGCCCACCACCAUCUCCACCCGCAACCUUCUCUCCACACACCCCUCCACACACCCCUCCUUCCUCCCCGCCUCUCACCCCUCCGCUCUCGCUGCCCACCUCUACUCCCUCCCCCCCACGUUCCGCCCGAACCUCCCCUCUCUCUCUGGCGAUUUCUUCACAUACGCGGACCGAGAGAAAGACUACUGGAGCGGGUACUUCACCUCGCGCCCCUUCUGGAAGGCUGUAGACCGCGUGCUUGAGUCUGCUGUACGAGCAGCUGAUAUUCUCUUUGCUCUGACUUGGUCGCAGCUGCAGGCGAGGGGUGGUGGGGGAACGGGUGGGCUGAUGGCGCGGAUGAUGGGGGGAAAGAGUGGGGGAGGGGGGAGUGGGGGAACAGGGGAGGUGGGGGAGGUGAUGGAAAGAUUGGCGGAGCAGGCGGAGUGGAUGGGGAAGGGAGCGGGGAAGGGUGGGAGGGCGGUGGGGGGAGGGCAGCAUGGGGAGGACAACUUCAGGCAUCUGCUGUUCCCGCUCAACUUUGCAGAGCGGCUGGUGCGAGCGCGGCGCAACCUGGCGCUGUUUCAACACCACGACGGCAUCACAGGCACGGCGCGGGACCCUGUGGUGGUGGACUAUGGGCUGCGCAUGCACACCGCUCUCAAUGACCUCAAUGACCUCAUGUGUGCGGCGGUGGUGGCGCUGCUAUCAGACUCGCCCACUCAAGACCCUGAGAAGUCGCCCGUGCAGCUGCGCCCAGAGCAGCACCGCACCCAGCAGCACAUCCUUCCCUUCCACCUCCCCAUUUCCCCCCAUCUUCCCCCCUCGGUGCUGUUCCCCCUCUGCGCCCAGUCAUCAUUUCAACUCUCUCCCGUGCUUUCCCCUUUCCCUCUCUCUCCAUUUAUUCACUAUCAUCUGCUCUGCAGGACCUCAUGUGACCUCAUGUGUGCGGCGGUGGUGGCGCUGCUAUCAGACUCGCCCACGCAAGACCCGGAGAAGUCACCCGUACAGCUGCGCCCAGAGCAGCACCGCACGCAGCAGCACAUCCUACCCUCCCACCUCCCGCUCUCCUUCCCCUCCUCCACUCCCCGGUCUGAUUUAACCAGCGAGCCGGCUGGGGUGGGUGGUGGAGGGGGGAGGGAAGCAGUGGGAGCAGCGGGGACUGGGGUUGGAGGAGGAGAAAUGGGAGGGGAGGCAGCAGGGGUUGGAGCAGAGAUGGGAGGAGGUGGUGUGGGAGGUGGGACUGGGGGAGGGGUGGGAGGCAGGCGGCGUGUUCUGGAGGUGAAGGGAGGGGAGGAGUCAGGCAGGGAGCGGAAGGGUCUCGAGGUGCAAGAGGAGCAGGGAGGGGAGGGCGGCACUGUGCGGCGCGUUGUUGUGUAUAACCCGCUGGAAGAGGAGGUGAAGCAGGUCAUCUCUGUGGUGGUGGAAACCCCUCUCGUCUCAGUGCUCAGCCCCAAGGGCACGUGCCUGCCAGCGCAGGUCAUGCCAGAGUGGGCCAAUCCGCCCCCCUUCACUCCCAAGCCCCCCCAAAACGCCUCCUCUCCCAGCACAACUAGUAACGGCGCUCUCCCAACUGACCCCACUGCUGCUGCCACAGCCACAGAUGCUGCCACAGCCACAGCUGCAGAGUCUGCUGCCCCUCUGUCUGUCUCAACAGGAAGGCACAGGUUGUUCUGGGUAGCCACAGUACCCGCCCUCGGUCUCCAAACCUUUGUGGUCGGCCCGCCCGAAACUUUGCCCCGCUGCCCGGCUGCAGAUCUCUCGCUCCUCGAAGUUUCCAACCCGCCCGCGGGAUUCCUCUGCCCGAGCCCAUAUAAAUGCACCGUUCACGAUCCAAAGGAAGACGACGCCUUUUCGAUCGGGAACCACGAGCAGCGAGUCAGAUUCUACGCAGCUACAGGGCUCAUGAAGAACAUCCAGCAUAGGAGAAUAAUCAGGGACACUAUUGUAGACGAGGAAUUCGCCAUGUAUACCGGGCGGAGUGGGGCGUAUCUGUUUCUCCCUGGGGGUGACGCGGUCCCUAUAGUGACUGACGGAGGUGCGUCGUUUAUAUCACGAGGGGAGGUAGCAGAGGAGGUGCAUACGGUGUUCAGUUUUCUACCUGUGGAAGCGUGGGAUGGGACAGGGCAGCAGCUGGGGGAAUGGGAGCUUCAGCAGCGGCGGGAGGGGCGGCGGCAGAGGCGGAAGCAGCAGCUGCAGCGGCAGCGGCAGCAGCAGCAGCAGUGGCAGCAGCAGCAUGGGGCAGCAGGGACAGUGCUGCAAAGGCCGUGGGAUAGGGAGGCUCAGGGGGGAGGUGGAGGGGACGAGGGGCUGAGAGGGCAGAUGGGAGGCGGAGGGGAGCAGCAGGUGGUUCAUCCGUUGAGUGAGGUGGAGGCGAUGAGAGAGAGGCUGAGGCAGCGGGCACAGCCGGGGGAUGUGGUGCUGUGGCAGCAAGAUCAGGAAGGGCAGGGCGGGCAGGGCGGGCAGGGCGAGCUGAGCGUGCAGGGAGAGCAAGCAGGGGAGGGAGGGGCGGGUUUGCAGCAGCAGCAGUACCCAGAAGUGGAGGUUGGGCCGUAUUCAGGGCGAGUGCAGCAGCUGAGACAGUUCCAGGUAGCUAGGAGACGACUGCUGGAGGAGGGUGGUGGUGUGGGAGAGGAUGAGGAGGAUGAGGAUGAAGAAGUUGUUGCUGGUGAUGAUGAGGGAGAGGAGGGAGAGGAGGAAGAGGAGGAAGAGGAGGGAGAGGAGGAAGAGGAGGGAGAGGAGGGAGAGGAGGAAGAGGAGGGAGAGGAGGAAGAGGAGGAUGAGGAUGAUGAAGUUGUUGCUGCUGCUGCUGAUGAUGAUGGAGAGGAGGAGGCCGAGGAGGAGGAUGGAGAUCACACCCGGGCAGAUCACACCCAGGCAGUUCACAUCUUUGCAGAGGAGGAUGACGAGGAGGGGGAAAAACAUGCUGUAGUUGAGAAACAGGCAGGGAGGGUGUCAGAAGCUGCAGAAGCUGGAGAUCACACCCAGGCAGAUCACAUCCUCUCAGCCGAAAAUCAUGCUGUAGUUGAGAAACAGGCAGGGGGGGUGUCAGAAGCUGUAGCGGAAAUGGUGGGAGCGGAUGGGGAGGCAUUGGUUGGGGGUUUGAGGAGAAAGCUUUUGCAGGUGAGGCGGAAGGGAAGGAAGAAAAGGAAGGGCAGGAAGGGGAGGAAGAGAAGUGUGAGUGGGGCAAGUGGGGAGGCUGGUGGUGUUGCUAGUAGUGAAAUUGGCAGGGCUGUUGAAACGGCUGGGACAGGGGGAAGUGGGAGUGGUGGUGCUGCUGAUGUCGAUGGUACGGGGGCAAUGGUAGGGACGAGGAAGAAGGGGAGGAAAGGGAAGAUGAAGCGGAGGAAGAGGCGGGGACGGGAGCAGCAGGAAGGAACGACAGGUGCAAGUGGUGGUGCUGCUAGUGGUGAUGGCACUGGGGCCGGCUCAGCUGCGGUUGCUUUUGAGUCGACUCAAAAGCGUGAUGGUACUGGGACUGGCUCGGCUGUAGUUGCAGGAGGAGAAGGAAUGAGUGAAGGAGCAGGGAGUGGAACAGGAACGCUUAGGUUUCAUGACGGGCUGCCUGGAGAAGGGGUGGGAGGAGGAGGGAUGGGAGCAGGAGGGGUGGGAGUAGGAGGGGAGGUUGGUGAUAUGAUCCGGAACAGAGUGCAUGAUGACAGUGAGUUUGACGCUGCUGCUAGGUCGGAGUUACCCGAGCAGGUCAUUACAGUGUACCACUCAGAUACCGCUGCUGGUGCUGCUGGUGAUGUUGGCGCUGGUGGUGGUGCUGGUGGUGCUGGUGCUGGUGAUGGUAAUGGUGGUGGUGGUGGUGGUGGUGGUGUUGAUGCGGAGAGCAAAGGAGGGGCGGAUGGAGGGGAGGACGAGGGGCACGAGGUGGGGGUGGAGGAGGACGAAGGGGAGCAUGAGAAGCCUGAGCCAGAGAGCAUAGCCGUGACCCGCCGCGACUGGGAGAGCACCAGUGGCGCCGGUAGCAGCAGCGAGGGGGGAAGCAACAGUGGCGGUAGUGGGGUGCAGGGCGGUACAGAGGAGUAUCGAGAGGUGGAGGAGCUUCAGAAGGCAGCAGCGGGGGAUGGCAUGUUGGAGAAGCACGGGUGGGAGGAGGCAGCUGAAGCCCUGGAGGAGCCGCAGGUCCCGGAGGUGCUGGAGCCAUUAGAGGAGGAGGAGGAGGGGGCUCUCAUGCCCGUUGUGCGCUCUGUCAUGCUCUACAAAGUCCGAGGCCCUCAGGGCCUGCUGAUCGAGACCAAGCACCAGGUGAACAUCUCAUCGACAGCAGUAGACAACAAGGAGCUCGUGGUGCGCUACCGCACGUCCAUCGACUCCUCGCACCUCUUCCACACCGACUCUAAUGGCUUCCAGACCGUCCGCCGCGAGACGCUCCCCAAGCUCCCCACGCAGGGCAACUUCUACCCCAUGCCCGCCCUCGCGUUUAUCCAAGACCCCUCGGGCGUCAGGUUCUCGGUCCACACGCGCCAAGCUGUGGGCGUGGCCAGUCUCAAGACCGGCUGGUUGGAAAUGAUGCUGGAUCGCCGCCUCCCACAGGACGACAACAGGGGCAUGCAGCAGGGCGUGUUGGACAACCACCCCACACAAACCAUCUUCCACCUAGUCCUCGAAAGAAACACCUCCGCCCGCCCCUUCCCCGCCUCCUCCUCCUCCGCCGCCCUCCUCCCCUCCCUCACUUCGCAACGAAUCGGCUCGCGGCUCAACUACCCGCCGUAUCUCUUCGUCGGGCAGCCCGAAAGCCCGUCGAGAUUUGUUUCCGGGCAGGAUGGAGAUGCCGGACGAGGGGCUGGCAGGAAGGGGAGUGGCAGUAGCAGCAGCAAUGGAGCAAAGGCAGGGAAACCGGGUGUUUUGGCUGGCACUGUGGAGCCGAAGCCGGGCGGCCUUGCGCUCGUGCUACACCGGAGGGGCUUCGAUCACAGCUUUGGAGGCUCACACCGUGAGGCUCCCUGCAAGGUCACCCCCACCGGCCAAGUGCACCUCGCGCGUCUUUUCUCCGGCGCUUAUGUAACAGAGUUCGAAGAGUUCCCACUUAACCUUGUCCGACCUGGUCCGAUAGCAGCUAAUUCGGGGUCGCCUGGUGAGGGUUCUGAGGAUUCGCUUGGAGUAGGAGGGAGAGAGGGUGGGAACAGGACAAGGGGAGGGAUGAGCGCGGGGGGGGCGUUUGCGAAGCGAGCGUGGCAGCAGAGAGUGAGAGGCGGGGUGACGAGUUUGAAGCUAGAAGUGAUGGAGCUCAAGGCUGUUAAGCUACAGAUGACGAUGAAGGCACGGAGGAAGGGGUGGGGGAGGUGGAGGAGCAAGUGA